AUGAUGACUAAAUAUUCUGUAUUUGCAGCGUUCGUGCCGCAUUUCAAUGCACUUGCAAGAGUAGGAUAUUUUAAAGUUUUUUCCAAAGAUGAAUCGACUGGGAAGCGAUUACUAUACGAGAUAUAUCGAUUCGCUAUGUGGUUUUUCAUUUUACUCUAUAACCUACAGCAUUUGAUCCGUGUCGUCCAGGUUCGUCACAGCACCGAGCAGAUGGUGGACACGCUGUUCAUAUUACUGACCACCCUCAACUGUUUGGGCAAGCAGAUCGCCUUCAACGCGAGAAGUCGGCGUAUUAAUAAAAUUAUUGAGAUCAUUAAUGAGCCAGCUUUUGCGCCAACAAAUCCUUAUCAUAUGGAAUUGAUGAAGAAAAACGAAGUAUCGAUGUCACGACUAUUGUUGUUGUACCAAAGUGGUGGAUUGGGCUGUGGUCUGCUCUGGACUAUUUUCCCUCUCGUGAACAGAGCGUUAGGCAAAGAAGUUACUUUUACAGGCUAUCUACCUUUUGAUACGAGUGUUUCACAGACUUUUUAUUACGCUUUACUUUAUAUGUCGGUAUUAAUUUCAAUACAAGCUUAUGGCAAUAUUACUAUGGAUUGCACGAUUGUAGCAUUUUACGCACAAGCCAAAGUACAAAUACAGAUGCUUAGAUACAAUCUAGAACAUCUAGUGGACACAGAAGAUUAUAUCAUAAAAAUGGAUGAGGGAAUUAUCAAGAUAUAUAAAGAACAGGAUACUUCCAAAAGCAAUGUAAACGAUAUUAUGUAUAAGACACAAAGACGGUUGGCGAAAUAUGUGAUUCAUUACGAGAAAAUUGCCAGUUUUGUAAAAGAGGUAGAGUCAAUUUUCGGCGAAGCCAUGAUUGUACAAUUCUUUGGAAUGGCGUGGGUGAUAUGUAUGACUGUCUAUAAAAUUGUUAGUUUAAGUUUAUUAUCAGCUGAAUUCGUUUCAAUGGCCAUGUACCUGGGUUGCAUGUUGGGCCAACUUUUUAUUUAUUGCUACUUCGGAACUGAACUUAAAGUAGAGAGUGAAUUCGUAUGCCAGUCAGUUUAUUGUAGCGACUGGUUGUACCUGUCGCCGAGUUACCGUCGAAAACUUCUGGUGUUGAUGAGUUACUGUUCAAGACCACUGAUACUACGCACUGCGUACAUAAUACCCAUGUCGUUGGAUACCUACAUUGCGGUGCUGAAGUCAUCAUACAGUCUCUUCACGUUUCUGAACCGAAAAUAG